GUCGCCGUCGGCGUCGCUGUUCCUUGCUGCCCCGCGGACCGACCUGCAGCUGCCGCCACACAGCGCCGGGGCCGCCAGAGCCAGAGCGGCCCGCAGCCGGCGCGAUGGACCUGGCUCCCGUGGCGGUGGCUGUGGCGGCCGCGGCCCCCGAGGCCCUCGGCCCCGCAGCCGCCGGGGCUGGCUGGAAGCCCCGCGGAGCGGCGGAGUGGCCGCCAGCGCUGGCCGCGUUCGUAGCGCGGGCUUCCGAGGACAGGCAGCGGGCGGCCAGGGGUUGGGCAGACCCGCCUCAGACCUCCGGGAGGAAGGCCUCCGCGGCCAGCGCGCGGGGCUCCGCCGCGCGGCUCGAGGCGCUGGAGGCCGAGGUGGCCCGCCUGCGUGAGGGCUUUUCGGUGGCACUCAUGGAGCUCGCCGAGCUGCGCGCGUCCUCCGGCGAGCCGCGCCACGACCACGAUAGCCCGCGGAUCUCCGCGCACGCAGCGCGCGAGGCGGCGGCAGAGGCCGCCUCCUGCCGAGGCGCCGCGGAGGCCGCGGCGGCGGCGGCCUCCGAGGCAGCCUCGGCCGCGGCGGCUGCCGCCUCAGAGGCCGAGGCC